CUUUAAAAAAUCAGCCUAAAGCUAUUCAAUUUUUGGAAAAAAUUAAGGCAGAAAAGGUCACUAUUUCAGCAGACUUGGUGAAGGAAAACUUGACAAAAUUAAUCGAUGAUUUCGAUCAGCUUAAUUUCACUACAUAA